AUGAUUCUCACUGUCUCUUCUAUUAUCCUACUCUCUCUGUUCUCCUUAGUAACUAGUGACUAUGCUGUUAUCAGUGUAUCGAACGGAGGCAGGUGGGGCAACUGGGGAAGAAUUGAAUGGUGUCCAGAAGGAUACGUGGCCAAAGGAUUCUCUCUCAAGGUACGGUAAUAAGCGCAAACACAUUUUAUGGUAGGCUGAUUAGCCGUAGAGUUAUUGAGCGUCACUUAUUAAGAAAAUAGUAAUUAAAAUAAUGGUAUACACACUUCAGAAAAGUCCCUCAGUGCAAUGAUAAACUGGUAAUACUUGUUGGCACUGUGUGAGAUUCAUGUGUCAUUGAGAAUUUAAAUGUAAGAGGUUUAUAAUAUUUUUGGGCAUAUAUGUAAUGAAUAUAUUAAAAAACAAUGUACUGCAAGAUGUGGGCUAUUUAGCAUAACAGGAAAAAGAACAGGGAAGGAUCUCAGAAUCAGGCAGCUUUGAAAGAAGUGACUACCUGUAAAGAAAAUGAUUUGGUGAUAAGCUCUUGUUUGUUUAACCCCAUCCCGCAGUUAGGACGUUACAUGUCAGUGGCAUGGAAGAUGCUGGCAUUAUGGUGUGAGUAAAAUCACUGCUCACAUCAAGGAGACCCUGGUAUGGAUCUUUAUCCCCUGUCAGUUGCGGCCAUAUUUAAUGGUCCCAUGCCGACCAACUAGCUGUAUGCAGUGCUCAAAGUGAUUGUUGCAUACACCCUUAUAAAAUCCAUUUACAUUACCGUAGAGUGUUACAGAGUGUUACAGCCACAGGUACAGCCAUGGCAAUUCAGAGGCCUGCCAGGGAGAGGAAAUGUCCUGACAGCUGUCUGUCUGCAUGCUCUAACUGAUGACUGUGAGCAGUGCUGGGAUUUAUCAGCUGCCCAUCAUUGAUGUGUAUGAUCGGCUGAGACAGCAUACAGGAAAUACAGUUUAUUGCAAACAAAUUUGUUUGCAAAUUAUGCGUAUAGUUAGUUCAGGAUCUCACAGCUCAGUGGAACCAAAAGCCACCGAGCUGUCAGCUUCAUAGUGCUGAACACAGACUGAGUGACUGUGUUAGAUCUCCGUAGCAGCUGUUCUCCUCAGAGCUGCUACAUAUCCAGCCUGAUGGGAGUGACUGACUUUACAUGUCUGCUGUCUGGUGAGGAGAGAUCUGCAGAUUGUGCUUGUUCCUCCUCCAGAUUUUUUCAUGAGAUAAUGCUGCCAAGGGAAUGGGCAACGCGGGGAGGGCUGCUACCCCUCAGAUUUCAGUGAGCUGGCUGCUGUCUUAAGUGGGGACAGGGUAGAUGGCUGUGAUAUCAGCUCUGCACUCUGCUUGUAUUCACAGGGAGGUGCUGCAAAUCAAUGGGACAGCCACCCUCCCUAAUCCACUAAUCGGAGGGUGGCUGAGGCUGUAGGAGCUGCAAAGCUGGCAGAAUGAAUGUGUUUUGUAGUUCCUGGCAGUAGGCAGCACUCUCUUCCCUGCUCCUUUACUGUAACAGAGCUCCUGUACUCUGGCUGAGUACCAUUAGGUACUUUCCACUGAGUACGUCAUACCCAGUAUGACUGUGCCUUCCCAGGCCUAUACAAGAUGUACAAAAUUCCCCCCCAAAUCCCCUUUCUUUGAGCUGCACCCCUCACAUUAUAUGUCUAUAUAUAGGUAGUCACUAUGCACCCUUACUGUCAAAAUAAGUUUGAUCAGAGAAUCCACGUUCUAGUUAGAGCUUGUUAAAGUUUUACUGGGUCGUGGUCAUUCUCCAAUCAUGCACAGGGUUCCAGGCAUGCAGCUGGUUAGUACUGGUUUUAUGAAAUGGGGAUCCUGGGAGCACAGCACCCCCUCAUGUUAACUGCCACUGAGUAGCUCAUCAAUGAGUACUAUUACUUUAUAAAUAGCACCUUGAUUGGAGAAUGUGUGCCCAUGUGGCAGCAUGUUAACCAUUUUAUGGGUAAUGGCUAUUCUCGGAUCUGGUGCGGUUACAGGCAUGCGGCUGGCUAGUUCCGGCUCACAAAACAGGGUUCCUGGGGUUAUGUGUAGGACAGCACCUCUGCACAUUAUAUGUACCUGGAUAGCUGGCCACUGAGCGCCCUUACUGUACAAAUUGCUCUCUGAUUGGUGGUCGGGUGUCUGAGCGAUACCCAGUCAAAGAUUUACUGGGUCACAGACUCAAUCCAACAAACUGUUCCAGUCAGGCACUCGCCAUGCAGGAAUAUCCCCAGAGGUUCCCAAUUCCAGCUGGGGGCAGAAUAAUAAUAAUAAUAAUAAUUAUAAUUAUAACUAGUAUCUAUAUAGCGCCUUUCUCCCAGUUGGAAUGUGGGUCUGUGACAAUUACUAUGUGAAGUUACACUACCAUUCGUAAAGGAGCAGGAAAGCAGCAUGAUGGCUGAUGUUACAGUCCACUAUCACCACUACAUCACCAGGGUAAAUCUGUGUGUGUUUCUAACAGUGUUUUUGUGUGUAUAUGCCUGCAUGUUUCUGACAGCAUGUAUAACUGUCAGCGUAUGUGUGUGUGUGACAAUGUGUAUGUCUGUCAUCAUGUGUAUGUGUCUAACAGUGUGUUUUGAUGUCUGUGUGACUGGGUGUACCUGUGUGCAUCUGAGAAUGUGUGUUUAUGUGUGGUGACAUUAAAUAUCUGUGUGUAUUUGUCUUUUAGUUGUAUCAGUGAGUGUGUUUGGAAUAUCUGUGUAUACGUAUGUGUGUACAUGACCGUAUAUGUGUGCAUGUAUUAGAGUAUGUGUAAACGUGCAUGUGUCAGUGUAUAUAUAUGUACAUGUAUUAGUAUCCAAAGAAGCAACAUGGCUGCAAUGAGGGUGAUAUGGUAUGUUAUUUCAAUAUUUGGGAAAUAAUUUUACUUUUUAUUAUAUUACAUUUUUUUUAAAGUUUUUCUGUAUAACCCAAAUUUUUGUUUUGUUUCCAUUAAAUAAUGAGCUAUAUAAUAAUGAGCUAUUUACACGUACUGAAACAAAAGAUACAAUCAAACAUUACUUCACAGGACACCCAAAUUACUUAGAUUCUGAAGGUGUUUUUUUUUAAAGGAACACUAUAGGGUCAGGAAUAUAUAUGUUAAAAACACGAUCUAUCCCCCCUGGCGCCCCUUUGCUCCCUAAAUAUAGUAAAAUCGUAUUUGUUUUCCAGUCUGCUGCUGGCUCUGCCCCUGAUCUGCCUGCUUGCCUGACAUCAUCAGAAGUGAUGGUCUGAGCCAAUCAUAAUGAUUUCCCAUACGAUUGGCUGAGCUUAUCAAGGAGGCAGAUCAAGGGUAGAGCCAAACACAGCCCUGAGCAAUCAGCAUCUCCUCAUAGAGAUCCACUGAAUCAAUGCAUUUCUACGAGGAAAGUUCAGUGUCUCCAUGUAGAGGGUGGAGACACUGAAUGUCAGCCACACUGUGCAGCACUGCUCCAGGAAGCACCUCUAGCAGCCAUCUGAGCAGUGGCCAGUUGAGGUAUCCAUAGCCUGGAUUAGUAAACACUCCUUUUUUUCUGAAAAUCAGUGUUUACUACAAAAAGCAUGAAAGGACUGACUGUACUCACCAAAAUAAAUACAGUAAGCUGUAGUUGUUCUGGUGACUAUAGUGUACCUUCAGGACCUGUGGCCCAGUAGUCAGUAGUGAAGGAAAGUAACUGUUUCGUUUGCCUUCAUUGCUAGCAUGUGUUGCUGGAAACAGCUUGAUUUAAAAGGGUAAGUGUACCCAAAUGUUGGACAGAGACUUUUGGAAAAUAAAACUACACUUGAAAAUAACAAUUUCCUGACUGGGAGAGAGAGAUUAUAUUAUUUACUUUUCUUCAUUGCUUUUUUCAAUGAUAAUGAGUAUACAACAAAAACAAGUCAAAAUAAAUUUAUUUUAUAUCAUCCUUUAUAUUAGCUAUCACUGUUUUUAGGUCACACUACAGCGGGCUGACCCUUCAACACCUUCAUUUCUUUUGUUUGAAAGAAAUAUUUGAAAAUGUAUUUGAAACACAAGAUGGACAAACUCGUUAUUGCAAGACUAUUAAGGCUAUGAAAAUCUAUUUAAUAUUUGUUUUCUGUCAAUUCAUCGUUUACAAAAGAUUUGGGAGAGAAAAGGUACCAAUUGAGUCACAAUAUUUUAGACAGUGUCUGGAAUAUUUGUUUAUAGGCAGAAUGAGCAUUUUAUCAUAGAAGUUUAGACAAUAAUAAAUGUUUACAUAUAGUUAUGAAUCGUGCAGCUAUGAAGAUGUAUACACACCUUCUAUAGUCUGCCCUGUAAUCGACAAAAUAGAUGAACUCCUAAUAUGCAUCAGACUCUUCCAAAUAUGAGGCCUACUGCCGUACUAGGUGAUGUAGCCUUCAGUGUGUUAAAGUUUCCGUCUCACGAUAAGGGAUUUAAUGACAAAAGCAUAUUCAAGACAUUUAGAAAAUGUGGAAUUCAUAAUAUAUUCUCUCAAAUUAUUAAGAUUUUUUGAUUUUAUAUACUUUUUUGUGUAUUUAGGCUGAACGUAAACAGGGAGAUGGUGAUGACACAGCUGUAAAUGCGAUUAGCUUAAAUUGUGUUCCCCAUUCGAAAAGCUAUUCAGCAAUUACAAUCACGUCUUUGCAAGGACGGUAAGUCAACACUUCUAGCUAUGCAAAUCUACUUGUCUUACAGCAAAAAUAAUUAUAAAUUCCACUAAUUUUAUUGGAUUGUGUUCUUCUAAUCAUGAGUGUGAUUCAUGUAUGAACAUGUAAUUUCUUUGUUUAACCCCUUAAGGACACAUGACAUGUGACAUGUCAUAAUUCCCUUUUAUUCCAGAAGUUUGGUCCUCAAGGGGUUAAGCCGUGUUCUUCUCCUAAACAUAUCAAAAUCAUUUUGUUUUUAAUCUUGGUAUUAAGAAUGCACUUAUUUUCAUUAUUUAUGUAUAAUUUUUAAUAUAUCUCUAGGUGGGGCACAUGGACAGACUAUUCUUAUUGUUCAAAUGGUUACUUGAUUUCCUUCUCAUUGAAUGUGGAGCCACCACAAGGAAAUGGUGAUGAUACCGCAGUCAACAACAUCAAGUUUAGAUGUUCAGAUGGUAGCGUGAAAGAAGGAGUUGGACUACCGUGGGGAACAUAUGGAGAAUGGAGCAGUUCUUGCAAUUAUGGUAUUUGUGGGAUCCUGACCAAAGUUGAAGAAGUACAGGGCAGAGGAGAUGACACCGCCCUCAACGAUAUCCAGAUGUCCUGCUGCAGAGCUGAAUAA